GAUGGUAAACUCGUAAAUACGCAACUACUUUUCCGCAGUCCAUGGCAGUCCAAUGUCGAGUGUGAGGUAGAGCGGGAACAAGGCCAGAAAGCGGUUUAUUUGAAAACACGGAGACACACGCUCUCUCUCUCUGUAGAUUUUAUCCUCUCUUCGUUGCUCCUGCAAGAGCUAUUUCUCUCUGAGAAAGAGAAGAGGUGAGCGAUAUUCCUUUUCCCGAGCUCUCAAGACCAAUCAAAUCUCAAAGGACUUUCGUUCCAUGCACCUCGCCCGCUCUCUCGAUCUAGAGUUUCCCCUGUGGCCAAGUGUUUUUUUUCUUCUAAUGGUUCCAUUGUCUAUCUUCCAAUGGAUGAUUUGCCCAAACAGUCCGACCUAGGUUUCCCCCUGGUACAGGGAUUUGGACCUAGGGUUGUCUCUGUCCUCUGGUAAUGGGCGUUUCAAUUACAGUUGCUGAGAAUGGACGAGAAUGAGCGUAGGUUCCAGUUUUUGCAGCCUAAUCGAGACUUGGAAUCGAACUGGGCUCUUGAUGUGGCAAAACAGCUUGAAGAAUAUUUGCUUGAGAUCUGUUUGGGCCCUGAUUUGGCCAAUGGCCAUGUUCCUAUAAACUUUGCAGAAGCUGCUCUAUUGCUUCAGGGUUCUAUACAGAUUUACAGUAGAAAGGUUGAAUACCUAUAUUCUCUGGUCUUACAUGCCUUAGAGUUUAUCUCUCAGAAAAGCAGGCAGGAUCAACAGGAAAAGUCAUCGAUCCAUCCUGAUGGAAGUGAUGCUGAUGCAAUUGUUGAUGAUGAGAAUGAGGAAUUUUUAAGCCUAGAUGAUGUGCCAGUGGAAGCUAACAUAAACUUGGAUGAAGAUAUAAGUAAAGAUGAUCAGUUGAGCCAUUUCGUGAAGCCCCCUGCAAGCUUGCUUGUACUAGAAGGCGAUCAUCUUGAUAUCGGAGAUUCAGGGGAUCUAACUUCGUAUCAGAUAGCCACGAGUAGUCUUCACAGGGAUUUUCUUUUACUAGAUCCUUGUGAUGCCGAAUCGAUCGAUUGCUUCUUAAAGGUGAAUAAGUCUACAUUAGGGAACACUUCUGUUAGCGCAGGCAGCUCACUGAGGUCUAAAUCUCGAAGAAGUUUUUUCCAGUCUCCAUCUCGGAGAUCUGCAUCGGCCCAGAAAUCAGGUCUUGGAAAAAGUCAGGAUAUUGAUCCAAAUGCUAGUCGCGUUGAUAGUAAUAAUAAGUCACCUCAUGGCCAGGACCUUCCUGAGGAUAAUACGUUUUUUGGAGGAGACCUAUUUGAUGAAGACGACGUUGGAGAAGAUUCUGAUGAUGAUCCUUGGAAGCCUUUGAAUCCCCAUGAACCUGGUACUUUGAAAGUAAAGCCCUUUAAAAAAGGGAACUUUGUUAGAGCUCGGAGAGUGAGUCACACUGAAGAGUACUCUAUAUCAUUGCAGUUUCCUGUGGCAAAAUUGCAUGGAACAAUAAGCCCAGAGUUUGCAGAAGCAUUGGAAGCACUGACCAAUGCUUUGAAAAAUACACCAGCAUCUCACUCUCCUCCACCAUUUGAGAAGCUAAGGCAAACCCUAGUUUCUGCUAGUAAUGGAAAUUGUGGUAUUCAUGGUGAUCCUGUGAAUGAAAAUGAGGAUUUUAAAUUUGAGAAUGGCUUUGAUGAUUUUGAGGACGCUGACAUUGACUUGCCGAAUGAUAAUUAUAAGGAAAAUGAAGCUCCUUUGCAACCUGAACAGGAAAGUGUUGGUGGCGAUGCUUUUGUGGACAAAGAUCUAAAUGCUCGUGCUAGUCUUGAAGAUCUGUGCCGUGCACAUCUGGAUGCCCUCCUUGCUAGUAUAGCAGAGUCUGAAAAGCAAACAGAAUUGGCUGCCCGUGUCUCAACAUGGAAACAGAAGAUCGAACACAACUUAGAAGAACAAGAUUCCCACCCACCUUUUGAUAUCCAUGCUUAUGGUGAGAGACUUAUUGAGAAGCUGUCCUUAGACCCUAAGAGGAACAGUGGUUUGCCCUUCACUGAUAUUGUUGGGGGUCAAGAGAAGCAUGAGGUUGCAAGGAGCUUCUCUGCUCUCCUCCAACUGGUAAACAAUGGGAACGUUGUUCUAGACAAAGUUUCAUCAAAUGGUGCAGCUUUUUGUUUUAGUGCCGCCAAUCCCUUCUAUGUGAGGCUUCUUAGUAGUAGUAAAAAGCAUGAGGAAAUGCUGAGUUAUAAGGCCCCUUCCUUCGCUGGAAAGCACGGCAUGUCAUUGAAGAGAUUGAAGUCUCCCUUAGGCAAGGGAUGUCAGAACCAGGCUAAUGAAGCCUCUCUCACUAGUUCAUCCUUUCAAGAAGUCACCUCAUCUGAUUUCUCGAGCGCAUUGGCUUAGUUGUGCGCAGUCUUAAGAAUAUACUGAUGAUCUUCAUGACGGUUUUCUUGCGCCGCAUGGGGGUACAUGUCGUGAUUCUUUUCCUGAAUCUUCAUAUUCUCAUGGAUAUAGUCCAGUGCUUCUGUAGCAUUUGUUACUCCAAUUUGAGUGCUCCCUGCUAGGUUGCAUUUUGGUCGGACCUAUGUGAUGUUAUGCUGAAGUUGUAACACUUGGGUGUUGCGAGUUUACUCAGAAGUUGUAGUGCUUGGUGUGAUUGCAAUGCGUGCUUGACAAGACUUGGUUUGUCGAGUUUACACAGAAGUUGUAGUACUUUAUGAUUGGUGCUUGCUGCGCGCGCUUUGGUGGCUCAGAGUGUGGUUUGAGAGGGUGCAGAUCUAGGGAAAUUGUGGGGGUUAGAGAGAAAAAGGACAGAGGCAGCCAUGCCUUAUGUGGAAGGGGCAUUGUUUUCUUGAGAGGAUUUUGGUUGUUGGUAGCCAUUUUCCUCUCUUUCCCUCGCCAGUCUCCACAAAUUGGUCUGAAUUGUAUACAUUUAGAGUUGUGGUGAAUGGAAUUUUCCUCUCUUCCCUCUCCAACCUCCACAUUGGUCUGAAUUGUAUACAUUUAGAGUUGUGGUGAAUGGCGUCAGGAUGGGAUGCUGCCUGCAGUGUGUAGAUUGAAGAGGCAGAUGAAGAUGCGGACUGUUUUUGAGAUGCAUGUGUUUGAAAUUUAUUGCAUUUGAUUCCUUUCUAAAAUUGAACUUACAAACGCCCUUUAUUCUUCCCUCUUCAAAAUUGAAUUUUGUAUUACCCUUUUACUUUCCUGAAAUUGGGCUUUCCUUUUUCCAUUUAGUGUAAUACCCUUUAUUGUUUCCAACAAUAUUAAUCGUUCAACGUAAUCAUCAUAAUUGGCAUUUUC